GAGGACCGUCCACUUUUUGUUCAAUUCUGCGCAAAUGAUCCAGACAUUUUGCUAGAAGCAGCUCGAAGAGUAGAACCUUAUUGUGACUAUGUGGACAUCAACUUGGGGUGUCCCCAGCGCAUUGCAAGGCGAGGGAAUUAUGGAGCAUUCCUCAUGGAUAAUCUUCCUCUUGUCAAGUCUCUGGUAGAAAAGCUGGCUAACAAUCUUAAUGUUCCAGUGUCAUGCAAAAUCAGAGUUUUCCCUAAUUUGCAAGAUACACUUAGUUAUGCAAAGAUGUUAGAGGAAGCUGGUUGUUCUCUUUUAGCGGUGCAUGGCCGAACACGGGAUGAAAAAGAUGGAAAGAAAUUCAGAGCCAAUUGGGAGGCCAUCAAGGCUGUUAGAAACGUUGUUAGAAUUCCUGUCCUUGCUAAUGGUGAUAUAAGGCACAUGGAUGAUGUACAGAACUGCUUGGAUGAGACUGGUGCUGAUGGGGUACUGUCGGCAGAGUCUCUUCUUGAGAAUCCAGCACUGUUUGCAGGAUAUCGAACUGCUGAAUGGGGAUUGGGCAGUGCAGGAAUCAGGGAAGAUGGUAAGUUAGACCAGGCUGAGUUACUCAAAGAAUAUUUGGAGUUUUGUGAGAGAUAUCCAGUUCCAUGGAGAAUGAUCCGCUCUCAUGUGCACAAGAUGUUGGGAGAGUGGUUUAAGAUCCAGCCAAGCGUUAGAGAGGAUUUUAACAAACAAUCCAAACUCACCUUUGAAUUUCUUUAUGACCUGGUAAAUCAAUUAAGGGAACUUGGGGUGAGCAUACCACUUUAUGUGAAGGAAACCCGGGAGGAAGCAGCAUCUUCAAAUGGAUAUGUGGCAUAAAUUAUUCUCUGUCUGUAAGUCGGAUGCUACCUAAGUGAAAAUCAAAAUAGAUCCCGUCAUUCUUUUCUCCAGAUUGAUUGCUGGUAAGGCAAAAUUAGAGAUUGUUUUCCUCACUAGGAUUGGCCAAAAUAGCAGGUAUAAAAGUAUCUUAACCCUUUGUGCUCAAUUUUUGUGUGAUAAUCUGUUGUAUUCUAUGAGGACAAAACUUGAACUCCCAAAUUAUUGUAUUUCAAAAUUUUGUUCUGAACUUAUUCUUUGGUCUUGAGAUAGGGGUAAGGUCUGGGUACAUACUACCCUCCCUAGACCCCACUCGUGGAAUUUCACUGGGUCGUUGUUGUUGUUCUGAACUGAUUCUUUGGGAGAUUUGUGUGUAGAGUUCUAAGUGCAUGAUUAGAACUAAUGUACUGGGCCAUCAUCUUCAUAAUUGCUUUCCACUUGUA